UAGUUAAGGACAGCACAUAUUCAUUCUUGUAUAGAAACUGGACUAUUGUUGCAUUUCCUUUGUGUUUAUACGUGCUUGGUAAAAAGAAGCCACGAGUUAGGUUAAAAAUAAAUUGGGAAUAAUAGCGCCAUCAAGCGGCGAGACUGUAACGCUGCAUCAACAAAAAGGCCGGAAAUAUCGUUCAGAGAAGUUACUCCUGAGCUUCCUGUCUGUUAAUCCACUUGUUGAGGAGAAGGGGAGGACGAAGUGUCUGUAAACUGCUUCACUGGGAGUCGUACAAUGACGGAAACGGACGGGUAAAAAGCAGCGGUUGUAUAACAAAAGAAGAAAACAAAAGCCGGCGGUUGAGCGCCAUGUUUGGUCUUAAAGAUGCCGGUGUCCUCGGUGCUUCUAUCGUUCUUGCGGGGGGAGUCGCGUAUUUUCUCUGGAACUACGCGUCCUCCUCCGGAAAGAAGGAGCCUGAAACACGGCCGGGACGAGACAAAAUAAAUGCCAAAGAGGAAGGAAAGGGAAAGAAGGAGAAGGAAAGAAAUGAGGAGGCUGAAGAAACUGUUCUCGUCGCUGCUGCGCCUGUUGUUGCUGCUGCUGCUGCAUCAGAGUUCAGGCCUGUGGACUCAGCAGGGACACAGGUGCUGGUUCUGGGCCUGGAUGGAGCCGGUAAGACCAGCCUGCUGCACUGCUUAUCCACUGGCAGCUUGGAGCAGGACUUGCAGCCGACACAGGGUUUCUACGCUGUCUCCAUCAACAGAGAGGACCUGCACAUCGAGUUCCUAGAAAUUGGAGGUGAUGAGGAGCUGCGGCCGUACUGGCAGAGGUACAUGUCCAAGGCUGUUAUGCUGGUGUUUGUGGUUGACUCGUCCAACUCGCAGCUCUUCCCCCUCGCUAGCAGACAUCUACACGAGCUGCUGGCCUCACACCCCCGCCUGCCUUUAAUGGUUCUGGCUAAUAAACAGGACCUUCCAGGGGCCUGCAGCAUCACCGACCUCCAUGACGCCCUGUCCCUGUCUGAGGUCGGAGACCGCAGGUUAUUCCUCAUUGGCACCCACGUGAAGAAGGGAGAGGCAGAGCUCAGCUCGGGCAUUCAAGACGCUCGAGAUCUGAUCAUCCAGGUGGUUUGUGAGGGCAGAUGAAACACACUGUGGUCUCCUUCUGUCACUCGCUUCAUUCUGUGUUUUUGAUCAGAUUUGACAAGCUGAUGUCAUUUCACCAGGUCAGCUGGAAGUCUUUUAUUUUUUUAUGAGAAACUUUUUUUCUUGUUUUGGUUUAGUUUGGUGUAGUGGUUAGAAAACUCCUGUGUGUGAAAAUCCAAAUUUCUGCAUUUCCUUGUUUUCAAGAGAUGACCAGAUCUUAAUCUUUAUGUAAACUGGGUGCCUACAGGACACUCUUAAAAACUCGUGAACUUCAUUUGUAUCUCCACCAAAGAUUCAUUUUCUUUUCAUCCAACAGAGCCAUAAAUGCUUCAUUUUACAAAGACUGUUACUGUGAUGAUGAUGAAACACAAGCAAAUGUUGAAGCCGUUCAGGUGCUGCAUUCAGGUUUUAAUGCAGAUUGUCAGACCUUACAGAAUCACUGUGGAUUUAUGUCAAGCUGUAGAUUCGCUCAGGCCAUCUGUGGGGCUGCAGGGUGCAGCUUAAUCACCAGCCAUGAGCUAACAGUCUGUUAGCAUCAUCUAAUUUUGGCUCAUGAUGUUCUUCAUGUGUCAUGAUCCACAGUUUUUUGUUUGUUUGUUUUUUUAGCUCAGUAAAGACCAAGAGCUGUACCAGGAAGGUUAUUGUUUGUCUACUUUUUGUCCCAACCUUUCACAUCAAAACACAAACCUUGAAGCGACUCUGCUGUUCUCUGCUCAGUGAUGGUACGUGAUAUUAUUUGUGGUUAUUAAAAAUAUCAGAAUGUUUCAAACAGUGACCUCAUCCUGCCAUGAGGGGUCGCCAUACUGGAUUGUUGUAGCUUUAAGAAAAAGACUUGUUGGACAAGCUGUUAAUAUUCAGACUGAUAAAAAUAAAGCACAAUGUCAACGACACGCCUUAACCUUGCUGUCUAAAUAAAGUGUUGUUGAAUGGCGUGGAUUGAGUUGGAUGAUGAGGGCUGUAAACAUGGCUGUGUAAUGUUUGGAUCACAGCUUUAAAAAACAUUCUUGAAUUCAUGAGAAGUUCAAGUGUUUUGUCUUAAAAAGGGAAUUUACUUCAUCUUGACUCUAGACGUCCUUUGGAUUAGCUUUAUGUUUUAGCUGUUGAGAGCGACGUCUUCUCGCAGCCACUUGUCAUUUUGUCUUAAGGCUGAUCUGUUCGGUGUUUAAUUCACUGUCUGUUAACUUUCUGGGUGAAAGUGAGAUGUGUUGUUAAGUGCAAAAAUGCCUUUAUGUAUACCAUUUCUGAGGAAUGUAAAGUUUCAAGGGUACAAUUUUUUUUAAAAGCAUUUCCACUUUAUCCAAUAACAAAACAUGUCCCACAUACAGUAUUGUGUGAACACAAUCUGCUGUCUUCUUGCACUUGAAUAAAUCAUUUGAUCGGUAAAA